AAAGAAGGGAAAAAAAGGAAAACUGAAGAAAAUACUCCUCAGGAAGUUACAGUAGUUAUCUUGCUCAGUCUGCCCUGAAAAAGUCAACCUUCGUUAGAUCCUUGAAUAUAAACCCACCACACUUCCCAACAUAAUCCCGUGCUGUGAACAGUGUAUUUUUAACUUGCUCUGCUCUCUUACAUAAACCCUGGAGAUUAUAGAGGCGCUGUGUAAUAAUUCAUUGGGAGUUUAUAUGGGCGGUUUUAUAUGUGUCCUAGCUUGGCAGUGUUGUUUACGGAGUGAGGGAGAAGCAGGUGGGUUAUCCUCCUCCUCCUCCUCCUCCUCCACCUUCACCUGUCUGCUUCCCUCCUCCGCCCCCGCCUGUCCACCCGCCCAUCAUGGCUCGGCCCUACCUCCGAAUCUGGCUUUUUCCAAUGUCCAAGCAAGACCAUUUGUGAUGCGCGGAGGAGGGUGGCCACGGGCUGUGAGGGUGGCUGGUGUGGUGGUCCUGCUGUGUGUGGCAUGGCUCCAGCUCGCCCUUCCUCCUCUGCCACACGACCCACAGUCUGUCCUUGGAGGUGCUGCCAGAGAGUCCCCUGAGGCUGACCCUGCACUCAACCUGCAGCGCAAUCCCACCUCUAAAUUCCUCCAUGCCAAAUCAGAUGGAGUGAAGCUGUCCUCAGUGCCUCAACUCACUGAGGAGCAGAUAAGGGAGAUCAAAGAACAGAUCCAGAGGCGCAGUGGUAAUGAGACUGUUCUGAAUGAAGAGCUCUUUGGUCCAGUACAGCCUGACACCAUUGUUAUUGCUGUACAGGUACACAAUCGCCUGGAAUACUUACGUCACCUUAUAGUCUCCCUGGCCCAAGCACGGGACAUUGACACAGUGCUCUUGAUCUUCUCACAUGACUAUUAUGACGAGGACAUCAACCAGCUCAUCACCACCAUUGACUUCUGCAAGGUGAUGCAAAUUUUCUACCCACACUCGCUGCAAACCCAUCCAUACACCUUCCCUGGAGAAUCACCUGGCGACUGCCCUCGAGACACCAAGCCAGAGGAAGCUGCAAGGACUAAGUGUGUGGGCACCCCAGAUCUCUACAAGCAUUAUCGGGAGGCUCGCUUCACACAGACCAAACAUCACUGGUGGUGGAAGGCAAACAAAAUCUUUGAUGAUGUUUGGGUUCUGAAGAACCACACUGGGCUGGUGCUGUUCCUGGAGGAGGACCACUAUGUUGCUGAGGACUUUCUGUACAUGCUGAAGCUCCUGAAUGCUGCUGUGCCUCGUGCCUGCUCCAAGUGUUCCCUCAUCACCCUCGGCAACUACCUGAAGACUUACAACUUUCACACUGAUGCCAGGAAGGUGGAGGUAACACAGUGGGUAUCCUCCAAGCACAACAUGGGGUUUGCAUUCAACCAUAGCAUUUGGCAGCAGAUCAAAGCUUGCAAUGAGAAGUUUUGCAACCAUGACGACUACAACUGGGACUGGUCGCUGCUUCACGUGAGCAACACUUGUCUCACGCAGAAGCUCCACACACUGGUUCUCCGUGCUCCAAGAGUCUUCCACAUUGGAGAAUGUGGAGUACAUCACAAGAAGAAGGACUGCAGUUCCCGAACCGUGCUCAACAAGGUGCACAGAACGCUUCAAGCCGGCCAGCGCACGCUCUUCCCUCGGCAGCUCAUUGUGGUUCACACCCCGCCAAAGAAAGUCAAGAAGCACAAGGGCAAUGGUGGUUGGGGUGACAGGAGGGACCACGCACUCUGCCGCUCCUUCAGUGUAUCCACGGGGCUGGAGUACAGUGGUGUGCUGUCCUCCUCUCUCUUCUCCGGCCACACCCUAACCAACGGCACUGUACAAAUUCGAAGUGGCUCUUGAUCAUGGUAACUUUCUCAUUUUAUACUGAAUUAGGUUAUGCCAUGGCUCAUUCAUCAGCUUGCAAUACUUUUCCCAACCACUUUAGAGAUUCAUUGGCUCAUACAGUUCCUAUGUAGUGUGACCUCAUCAUCUCAAGUCAGAGUUGUGCUGUAAGGUUUUGACAUUGUCAUGCUUUGAUGGCUUCAUUCAUGCACUACUUGGAGGCACAGGAGGGUUCAUAUGCAUUAUUUUGAUCAUCUGGUGUGUGGAGAAACUAUGUCACUUUCAUUGUUUAUUGAAUGUGAAAAUACAGAAAACAAGAAAGGGAAUUACACAGUAUUGGUACAUUCCCUGGAAGUGAUGUGUUUAUGGAGCCACGACAGCAGUAGUAGUGCAUGCUGGGUAAACUCUGGCAGUGGCUACCUAAUUCAUUCAUCUUUUAUAUUUUAUUUAUUUUUCUAAAAAUAGUGGAGCAUCAGAAGCAGAGCAGGCCUCUUUUGUUGUUUUUUUAUUUUAUUUAUUUAUUUUUUUUAUCUCUUACAAUGUCUCUAUACGUGUACUCUGAAAAGUUUGUAGUUUUUUUAGGCAGUGUCCUUUGAAGGUCAGGAUAGUCAGUUUACUAUCAUGCCAAGAAUGUGAAGGAAAGCUGGACUGAUUAUGGCAGUCAAUUGACCAACAGAGUUUGACAAUCUAUGAAGAAGAAACAUGUGGUGUGUGAUUUGGGAAUCAUUGCAUCAUACAUGGUUGUAGGUUUAACAAAAUCAUUUGACAUCACUGUGAUCCUUUAACUUACACUCAAUGAUGGAAGAAAAUACAGGAAUUCAGACCUUGGAGGUGUUCACUGUUUAUUGAUUUAAAUUGAUCCAAUAACAGUUUGGUGAGUUAUGAAUCUCUUACCCUUGGCUUUACUGAGGACCAGAGAGGCUACAGCAAGCCAAACAGAGUAAUGGAGGUUAAUACAAAUACCAGAGAAUGUCCAUGUUUGCAUUAUUGCAGUAAAGAGACUAAACUAACAAAUCAACCCCAAGACAAAAAAAUUGUUGUACUAUUAUCACAUGUAUCAUAUGCUGAUUGCCUCAUUUCAGGUGAUAUUUUAGAGUGUUGGAUGUUGUCUGGUCUUAAAGUUUAUAGUGCAACACAUAAAAUUUAUUUUUUUUAUACAUUUUUCAAGUAUAAGUGGUCUAGAAAUUAUUUAUCAUGCACAGUUAUUUUUGUGUAUGUCCUCUUAGAAUUGUGAUAGAUUUUUUACUAAACUUUCUAAAUUUUGUCAACUCUUGCAAGAUGAGAUGGAAGAGGACAUGGAUUUGCUCAUAAUUUGCUUUAAGUGGAUAGUAUCUUUUCUGAUUGUGUUCAUGACUCCCUUGCACUCCAUGGUGUUGCUUGCCCCAUCAACAUUCUUGGCAUCAGUGCAGUGGCCAUCAGGAGUCUUGUCUUAGCCAAUCUAUAAUUUCUUCCAGCUUGACCGUGUGUGUGUGGUGUGUGUGCAUGUGCGCGCGUGUGUCUAAUGUGUCCGUGUGUGUGCAUGCAUGUGUAUUGGUAUCUGCUAAACAAAGGCCUGGAUCUUUGUGUGUACUGAAGUGAAAGCAGAAGGUCAAUGCUAUCAAAAUCUGUGUCUAUCCAACUGAGGUUCCCCAAGUUAGGGUCAGAAUCUAUCUCCAUUUUUCAACUGCGUGCCGUGGGGUUCAUAGUAUUCCACUGGAUGCCAUACUAUUCUGUUUGACGCAUUGUACUGUAAGGCCAGUUUGACUAGUCCCAGUUUUAGACUUAACGCUUAAUGUACGCCAUUGGUGUUUUAGUUUUUUCGUACUACAGGUAGUCGUCGUACGUACUGGUACCUGCACAAUAUUUUUCUUAUGUGUGAUGUUCCCUGCAACUCUUUAUACUUUCAUCAGGGACACCGAUUUGUAAGAGUGCUUUUUCUGCUGAUGUUUGUAUUUUCAUCUCGUGCUUCUCAUAGUCUCCCCAUUAAGAGGUGCCCACUGACUGCAGCAGAAAUGUCUAUGCUGAUGAUCAUGUUGGCCAGACGUAACCAGACCAGCCUGGCAAAGUGUACAGUCUUGUGCAAGGCUGUGAGGGGCUCUGGUCUUGUAGGGAUCCACGUUUUAUGCCAGUUUAGUGUUUUGUAAUCAAUGCCAAAAAAUGCAAAAGAUAACCACUAAAAGUUAAGCCAUCAGAGGUUCAGAUGUUUAAUGUUAUUGUUUUUAUAUUUUAUUUGUUGUUGUUCUUUGUUAUUGUUAUGAGUUUUGGCUUUUUUCCUUUUCCUACUUUUGUUUCUUUUCUUUUCUUGUGCAUGCUCUAUCAAAUAUUCUUUAUAUAUUGUUAUAGUUUGGAAUUUUUGCAUUUAUGAUUUAGUGUGAGUAGUCCCUUCCUUGUUAGCAUCAGUGUGUGUGUGUGUGUGUGUGUGUGUGUGUGUGUGUGUGUGGGGUGAGAGGGCGUGUUGUAAGUGCAUCGUCAAAGUGGUGUAGAAAGAAGGAAAGGGUAAGGAAGCACAAGAGAGAAUGUCACAAGAGUGCUUCAAGGUAUUGGUGUGAGGGUGUAUCUCAGACCAGCAGUUCCCAAUCUCAUGCCCAAGAAUAUUCACAAAUUAAUGGUGUAAUUUUUAGAAAAAAAGGAAAAGUUGAAAGCACAAGGGCAAGUACAUUAUUGUACCUAUAUAUACCUUAAUUCUGAUAUUGAUUUCUGAUUUGUGAGAAGGAAAAUUCUUCAUUGUUAUCAAUUUUUAUUAGUUUCAUAUUUAUAGCGGUUGAUUUUGCACAAAGAGUAAUAAUUUUAAAUAGCUGAAUAGUAUGUAAGUUAAUGAAAGGCUUUUUAUAGCACGUCCAGAUUCAUGGGUGGUGGAAUAAGUGUUGUCCGUGAGGCAGAGUAGAGGGACGGCUGGGCAUGCCUCAUGGUGCCAUCGACUUUUUGUGUAUGGUAGUGAUCAUGGUUCACAAUACAUUUUAGAAGAAUUAUGGGUAUGGCUGUAAAUAUGAAGGCAAAGGAGUGAAUAUGGUGUAAAUAAUGACUCUUUGGAAGAGAUAUGCUACAACUGAGUAGCCCCAAUCCUUGACUCAGGGCAUUGUGAUGCUUAGUGGCAGCUUUGUGUGUCAAACACAUACACAUACUUGAUUGUGUCUUCUUUGCCACACACAUCAGCAGUCACUCAGCUGUGGCCUGUUGCCUGAACAUUAAGGUCACCAGUGAUGAAUAUGAAUGGUAACUCUGCAGGUGGCUCUGUGUCACCUGUAAGAGACUGACUUAAGCCACAAAUCACAGUAAUGACUUGUGGAGAAAAGAUUGUGUUCUGAUAUGAGUUGCUAUUUAGUUAUAUUUAUUUAUUUGUAUAUUUCAUAUUUUCUUAUAGUUCACCCAAGCUCUUGAGGAUCCCGUGCUGGAUCUAUGAUCCUUACUCGCAUUCUGCCCCAUGAAAGCUUUGAACUCGUAUUGUCCAACCUGUGGACAAGGCUGUGAUCUCUCACACAUCACACACUCUAGCCUCUUGCUCAAAGAGGAUCAGAAUUGCUUGCUCAUCAGUAAACACCAGUGUGAUCAGUAGGUGUGAUCACCUGGGAUCAGCCUUGAGUACUUGUGUCUUGAUAAGAGAGGUGUUUAUGGCAAAGCAACAGACAGACUUUUUAAAGAAGCUGGACAACUUUGGCUCACCAUUUUGCUUCUUCAAUGGAUACAAACAUUCCUGAAGAAAAUUUUGAACAACUUGAGCCUUUCAUAUAACAGAUGAGGUAGUAAGCAAUGUCAUUCACUUGUGGAUGUGAAUCAUACACUGGAUUCAUGAUCAUAGAAAGAGCACAUAGAGAGAAUCUUGAGCUAAUUCUGACUGAUCAGUGGAUAAGGGUAUGACUUUUCACACAUCUUGUACCCCCAUCCUCUCAUUUGAGGACAAUAGCUGCUUGAUCAUUAGUGAAAGCCAGGAAAUCUGUACAGGCAUGAACCUCAACCUGCUAAAUGGCAGGCAAGGACAUUACCACUGUGCUAGUGUGCAUGUGUGCAUAUGUGUAUGUGAGUGUAUUUAAGUAUGUGUGGUUGGUUCAGUCAUGUUGAAGUGGGACAUAAUGAGGAACAGCAAACAUCUGUAUUGUUGUUCUAUAUUCCACUUUGAUUUCUAAAAAGGUAUUGAUGAUGAAUAUUAGACUUGAUAUAUUUCAUAGACUAAACAAGAAAUGGCUGCUUACAGCACAAAUGUUAUGAUUGUCAGCAAAUUCAAUUUGUAGUACAUAUUAUAAGUUCAACUAUAUUUAUUGCACAAUUUGAAAACUAUCUCAGUUAUACGUAUACAUUAACACAAUUGUAUGUAUUAAGAUGUAUAAAUGCAAAUUAUAUAUCUGCUGUGAAUAUGUGGCAUGAAUGGUACUAUUUUGUAAGAAUGAAUUGAAGCACUAAGAAUAUUUGUGUAUUGCUGUAGUUUUGAUUUGCAAUGUGACUCCUUUCAUCCCUAUGGAGUGUGUGCCACUCCCUCUUUGUUCCAUCUGUAGCAUCCUAGAUCCUUGAAGCUUUUUGUUCACUGCAAAUAUAACAUGUCACACAACAAUCAUUGAAAAUUGGUCUCAAUCUUAGCUUUAUUCUGUUAUCAGAAUUGUGUAUUGUAUUCUAAUAGUACUUUCUUUUCUGAGAAGUUGACUAAGGUGGCUCUUUCUUUGUACUCUAGAUCCUGUCCUUCUCACAAAGGGCCCUGUGCCUCUAGACUCUUGGGCAGUAGUUUAAUUUCUAUAUAAGCUGCCAACCAUCACAUUGGUGAGCAAAGACUGAACACUCUAAAAGUGUGAAGUUUUAGGAUGCCAAAGCUUCAAGGUGUCUAUAUUCUUAUCUGUAUAUCUGUCUUAUAUAAUUAUAUCAGGCUGACAUUCCCAAUGAAGGGAGGAGCCAAGACAAAUAUUCUUGUACUGUAAUAAAUAAUUACCACUGGUUAGGAAAAUAAGAAGCUAAGAUGCUAUGAAAUAUAUAAUGAUAUACAGUAUGUCUUCUAACUAGUAGCUUUGUUAUGUGAGCAAAAACACUUAUUUAUGAGUGACUUGUGCUGGUGAGAAUCCUGAAGUAUUGAUGUGCUGUUAUUUUGUUGGUGCAACGGUUUUUUUAUUUAAGCAAUAGUCCUUAAAUGUGAGGCUAUUUUAACCAUAGUGUGGCAAGUCAAUAUAUGCUAAAACAACAAAAAACAUGGCAGGGAGGGACAAAUGUGACUAUUGCAUUGCUUUUGAUGAGGAAAUAUUAAUUCAGUUGUUAGUUAUUGAACUUUUAAAACCUUGCAUAAAUGUGAUGCAUUUUUUUUAUACAUAUAAAAAAAAAAAAAUGUAAAAUUGAUUGAUGAUUUAGAAAAACCUUAUUGGACUGACUUGGUGAGCUGUGAUGUUCUGGUAUGAAGUGGGACAUGUUUGGAAGAUUUCACUAAUAUGUGUGUAUUGGUGAUCAUUAGUGUUGUUCAGUCCAUAGUCAUUAAUUUGCAACAUCUUUAGGAAUAUAACUAAAUCCAUUACCUCACUAUUGAAAGUGUGCAAAAAUGUCAUCAGAUUAUGAGCUGAGGCUUUACAUAGAAUAUGUGUGUGUGUGUGUGUGUGUGUGUGUGUGUGUGUGCUUGCAUGCUUAUGUGCAUGCAUGUGUGUGUGUGUGUGUGUGUGUGUGUGUGUGUGCUCAGAAUAAGGUGUUAACUUCCUCACCAUUGACCUCAUUUUAUCACACUGGUAAUUUUGUAAUGUUCUAUUCUUUAUUUAAGAUGCCAAAGCAAACGAGAUUCUCUUUCACUUUUUGUUCUCAUAUUUAUUUUUUAAUGAUUUUAUUGUUACUUGAUUUGUUGUUGAUUUACUUUUAUGUGUACAACUUUUAGGGGACUUGCCAACCAGUACUUAAGAAUAAAAAAAUUGAAAGAUUUGCUUAUGAUGUGAUUGUUUGUACUAUCACAUGCUUACAUUGAGUUUUGGAUUUUACAUAACAACACUCAAUGAGAAAUGUGAUAUUGCAUAGUUUGGGCAAAAGGAAGUGAUUAGGAAUACUUCUUAUAAUUGGGUAAAUUAAAAAUCCUUAUGCUAUAAUGAAACAAAAUGGAUGAAGAAUGAAUGGCAAGGAACACUGGUGGGUCUCCUACAGGCUGUAAUAGUGAGGCUUGAGUGAGAUAACAUGAAGCUUUAUUGAUUUGUAGUCAACACUUUAACAUUCCGGUCUGGAUGUUUUUGUUACUUUUUUCCUUGAGCUGUUAAUCCUCACCAGACAUGAAAUUUUUAAAGGAAUACAGAGGAAAACCAAACACCAACAGGCCUUGAGAUCCUAAAUGAAUAAGCUAAGAAAAAAAUUGUUCAAUCACACACUAAUUCUUAUCUUGAUAAAUUCCUUUUACCAAAUUACAAUUUAGAUUUUGCUUCAAAUAGUAUUGUUGGAGCACAUCUGCUUCACUUCAUUGGAAUCAGUUUAGUGUGUGAAAAUAUAAAUUAGGAUGAGAGGAGCUUCAGUAGUUAGUGAUUAUAAAUAUUCUAUGUGCAUAACAGGCUCUAUAACUAAAUUGCUUUGUUGGUGAGGGUUGACAAGCAACUGUAGUGAGCAGUGUCAGGCAGUGCAGUCUUGCCCAGUCAGAUAAGCUCCAAAUUGUUUAAGUUUACAAGUGUACUUAGCUUGUGUCAAAUGAACAUGGUCCUUGAAAUUUUUUGUGAUUGUUUUUGUGGGAUAAAGUAAGACAUAGCAUUGAUUACUUUUUACCCUAUUGAUGUUUGUUUUAUAGAAUGUAAACUUUCAUUUUUGUUUUGUGUCUUGUCAGUGAUGUAUACUUUCUGUGAUCCUUGUCUGCCCUGCUCUUUGUAGGGUGAGGUCAUAGUGACAUGUGUUGUCCCAGUGACAGGUAUAAAAUGCCACCUGCAGUGAGGCAUAAAUGUGUGUGUGUGUGUGUGUGUGUGUGUGUGUGUGUGUGUGUGUGUGUUGUGUUAGAAACAUACAUAUAUUUAAAUGUCUCAUAUUGUUGUAUAUUGAUAUUUAUUGAUUGUAAAAACUUGAUUUUCAAUUAAAGUAAUGUUUUCUCUUCUAAAUAAUGUGCAGAAAAUAACUUUAGGUAUAUUGUGUUUAAACAUUUAUGAAGACUGUUGCUGCUGAUGUUGUAAUUAAAUGUCUUGAUGGAAUACUGGUCAGAGAUCUUCAUUUUACUAAGUAGGUGGCAGGAAUGUUUUAUUUCCUCAGUGUGUUAGAUUGACACACCACAUUCUAAGUUCAGUUUGCUAUCUCCAGCAGGAUAUCUGAUCAUAUUAUCCUAGAAACAGACACAACCAAAUGCUAAAUGUUUGUCCUCCUCCAAUGCUCAGCCCUUUAUGAAACUGUUAUGGUCAUUAUUGGGUAGGUGUGUUCAGUAUGUUGAGUGGGCAUUAAAGGAUAGAGGAUGAUUCAUACAGGCAUGUAUAUGUUCAUAGAAAAUGUUUUUGUCAGUUACAUAAUUUAUUUUGCUGAUUUUUUUUUUUUUUUUUUUGUUUAUUUAUUUAUUUAUUUUUUUAUCUGACUAGCCCUUGUAUUAUGUACAAAACUGCUGACUUUGAUUAGGAGGAUUUAGGAGAAUGAAGCAUAUAAGUGUGUGUGUGUGUGUGUGUGUGUGUGUGUGUAAGAGAGAGAGAGAGAGAGAGAGAGAGAGAGAGAGAGAGAGAGAUAUCUGUAUUUCUAGUUUAGUGGACCUUUACGUGUUUGAUGAGGCGAUGUAGAAGAGUGAAUGAGGCUUUUGUCUUUCUAAAUGGGGUGAGACAGACAGGCCAUUCCACGGUGCUUUGUCCCAGUAGGUGGGAUUAGUACGUAUUCGUGUUUUGAGUGAUCAUUUGGUAUAAUUCCAGUCAAUCCCUUCAAACAGAUAAUUAUUUUAUUUUUUUUUUUUUUUUUUUUUUUUUUUUCUCUAUGAUUAGUACAUAUGUAAAGGUAGUCUAUUUAGCUUCCUGCUGCCACUUAUGAUUGUUAUUAUGACAAGGUAUUAAUAUCUGUGUAAUAUUACAUGUCUAGUACUAAUGUAGAUCUGUAGUAAUUCACCCCCAUGUAAUGAUAGGGGAAUUUUUAAGAAUCCUUUCGAUCAUGUUCUGAAUUGCACGCAUCAUUGCCGCCUUAGAUUAUAUGGAGCCUUUUUCAGUGGAUUAAUGUUGUACCUGUUCCAGGCAGCAUUGUGGAGCAGUUGUGUUUAUUGGUUUUAGUGGAAAUAAUUUAAAUUGUGCAAACGUAUUAGAUUUAUUUCGUGUUACUCAUAAACUUAAUUGAUUUUUCUGUUUUGAUCAAUAAUGUGCGAUGUGGAAGGUAAGAUGAGGCGUAUGUAUCAGUGUCUAUUUUAGCUCAUCUGUCAGUGUCAGUAGAUGGAAAAGUAGCGUGGAAUGGCUGUGUUAACCCCAUGGGCGCCGCCGAGGUGCCCCCUACGUCCCCCUUCUAGGUAUUGUGAUCCAACGUGCCAGACUUGCACCCAGGCUGUAUGGUAGCAUUUCCCAUGGUAGUUCACAUUCUAGGCUUACUAUUAUAUCCACUCUAGUUUGUGCCAUCACCGUAGCCUAGUGACGCACGGCAGGUCUUGAUUGACGCUGUUGUUACUCGAGCAGUGUUUUCUGGGUCCCUUAUGUUCUGAGCAGAUUGUGGGUUAGGUACUUAAGAGAAACUUCAUAAUGUGCCAUCACCUACUAGAGGGGGGGAGAAUUAGAUCUAUUGUCCUGGUUAUUUUUAACAUUUUAACUUGUUGGGAAUUUCUGAACAAAUGAAUUUACCGGGAACGUGAUAUAGACAGGGAAUUAGGGUGCGUUCCUGUGGCGUCAGUCUAGUCCUGUUGUAGUGGCCGUCAGCAGCGCGUCGAGGAAGGGAAAGGGGUAUUGCUGCCCCAUACUUUCCCAGAGGCUCCCUGCUGAGGCUGCUGCUUGGGUACCAAGGAACAACAAUGGAUGUCAUUUUAUUUUUUAUUCUAUAUCUAUAUAUUCUGCACAUUUUUAUAAUAGAAGCAUAAUAGAGAGAGAAAAAAAACAUACCAAUAAUAAUGAUAAAAGUA